AAUAAGAUUAUUAAUAAUUGCAAAUAUUAAGCACAAACCAGGCCAAACGGCUAACCUCAGUAGCUCAUUAAUUCUUACACUAUUAUUAUAAUUUGCCUCGCCAAAUAACACAUGAUGCUCAUGGGAUCCCGUUUUACGGUUUAACCUCGAGGUCUAAUAAAUCCGGCCCCAAAAUAACACCGCAAUAAUUAAAACCCCACCUAUUUUGCUGUCCCCACCCAACUCUCCAACGGUCGAAAAACUCGAUGACUCUCCCCAGCUAUACUACGCCUAUAACGUUCACCACACCACCACCAACACAACAACAUCUUCCCUCCCAAAAACAAAUCCCCUCUCUCCAACGUCUCUCUCUCUCUCUCUCUAGAUUUCUGUUUCUCUCUCUCUUCUCUAAGCUUGUAAGCUUGUGAUGGAGCUGCCGGACAUAGACUGGCGGCGGGUGGUGUCGCGGUUCGCGCGGGACGAGGCGUACGAGAACAUCGACGCGCCGAUGUGGGUCGACCUCUCCGCGCCCGACGCCUCCCCCGCCGUCGACGACGACGCCUGGUUCUGCCGCCCCGAUUGCCGGCACCCGAAGACUGCUGAAGAUUUCCUGAAACCGAAGGCGCCGACCCUCCAGGGGAAGCUGAUGAGAUCGAGCUCCGAGAAGUUGCCGCUCGGCGAGAGGAACGCCGAUCCGGCCAGAGAUACGAAUAGCUUGAAAAGAAGAGGAGCACUCGGGGAAGGGCUCAGAUCCAAAGCAGGAGCAGCAGGGGCUUCUAGAAACUUCCGGGAGGAUCUCGAGAACCAGAACCCGAACACGCCCACACCGCCGCGUGCCGCCCGCCCUUUUGGCGGGGUGCCGAAGGGGGCGAGGAAUGCAAAGUCGGCGAUCAAGUCGAGCGCGGAGAAGAAGAAGAAGAAAGAGGAGGCAGCGACGGGGGCGACGGAGGAGUAUGAGGGGGAGGAAGAGGGUGGAGAGAAGCGAGAAGUGCUUCUCUCGAAGAAGCAGCAACAGCCGCAGCUCAAAAGCACGUUGUCGGCGAGGAAUCUCUUCUCGGGGAAGGACAUCUUGACCCAGAUCUCCGAGUUUUGUAGUGAGAUCAAGAAGUUGGCGGUCGGACUAAGGCGGAGAUCUGCGGCGGCAGCAGCGGAGGGGGAGGAGGAGAGGGUGAAGCAAGAGAGAAUGGAUUUGAGUGAGAGUAUCCGGAAAGAUGACAAUGGAUCAGGAAAGAAGAGUACAAGGAUGGCGGUGAGGGUGGAGACAGCGAAGGAGAAGGGUAAAAUUGGGCUCGAUGAGAAAUCACCACCGGUGCUAAGGGAAGUGAGAGCAUCCCCUCCUACUCCGCAGAGGUUCCCUUCGCCGUCAAGCUAUCGGCUGCGGCACGCGAAGGCCGCAGCCGCGACCAGCUCCCCUCUCAAAAGGCCUCCUAGGGCAACUCAAGAGAGGGGGGGGGGCAUACUUGAAGAGAUGGAGCAAAGCACAAUAAGAAAGAAAGCAGUGGCUACAAAGGAUGAGGAAUGUAGCAGCAGGGCUUCUGCUGCUUCUGACAGUGCAGGCUCAGGGGAUAUGCUCUGGUUCUUCAAGCCUUGCACUUAUUUGGUCAAGUGAACUCUUCUGUUUGUACUUUUCGACGUAAAUUUGAUGAACCAUUUAUCAUUUUUUAGGCUAGAAUGCGAGAAACCUCCUAUAAAGGUUGGAAUUUUCACUCUGCCCCGUCACUCGAAUUAGGAGAUUUUUUCGCAUUGCCUCCGUGUUGCUCCGCCAGGCAAUAUGAAAAAUUUCACGGGGUAAUAUGAAAAGUUUUUAUAUUUAUAGAGGAGGUUUCCUGAAUUUUAGCCUUAGCUUUCUUUUUGGUUUUGUUUUUUUUUUGGCUCAAUAUAACUCAUUCUUUGAUCUAAGGUGGAGGAAUUAGACCAUCUUGUAAGGUAAUAAGGAAGCAUCUGUGGAGUCUUUAAAGUGUGCUUGUUGUAACUCAGAUGUGAAUCCCAAAAUAGAAAUUAGAAGAAAGUGUUUUAUUUUCUUUGAUAGCUCUUAUGCCUUUGUCUUUAAUUGUUUCUAAAUUUAGGUUUUUGGACAGUGAGCUUAGCGUUGGAAACUUGUUCUGAAGAAAGUUUUCCUUACAGGUAGUUAAAUAAGGGAAACUAAUAUUUUGACAAUUUAUGAAGCAUUUUCGGACAGUUUGUAAGAACUAAUUAAAUGUAG